GACUUUGAUCGUAUUUCAUUGGGAGUGUGCACGCUCCGACUGGAAGGAAAGGAAGGUUUCGUGGAAACUUGAGGACAUGCGGCGUCUUCUGCAAACUUUAUUCUUCAAACCAAACUUGAGGAGAGCUGAAGACAGACCCGGAGUGUGACGAAUGGACUGAAGAGUAGCGGAGAGGAAGAGGAGGAGGAGGAGGAGGAGGAGGAGGGGGAGGAGGAGGGGGAAGAAGAGCCGUUCACUUCCAUUGAUCCAACAUCGAGUGAAGAUGAAAGCCGCCGUCGCCGUGGCUCUGGCCCUGCUGAGUGUUUAUCUCAGCCUGGACCGCCUGUCAGCUCAGGGGGCCAAACCGGACCCGGACCAGGACCAGGACCAGGACCGGAACCAGAACGACAGAAACACUCACAGUGAUGAGACAGAGCCGAAGAAGAAGAAGAACCAGCCGCACAUCAUCUUCAUCCUCACAGACGACCAGGGCUUCAACGACGUCGGCUACCACAACCCGACCAUCAAGACGCCCACGCUGGACAAGCUGGCGGCGGAGGGCGUGACGCUGGAGAACUACUACGUUCAGCCCAUCUGCACGCCGUCGCGCAGCCAGCUCCUCACGGGCAGGUAUCAGAUCCACACGGGCCUCCAACACUCCAUCAUCAGACCCAGCCAGCCGAGCUGUCUGCCUUCACACAUGGACACGCUGCCCGAGAGGCUCCGCCAGGCCGGCUACGCCACCCACAUGGUCGGCAAGUGGCACCUGGGCUUCUACAGGAAGGCGUGCCUGCCCACCAGAAAGGGUUUUGACAGCUUCUUUGGUUCUUUAACAGGAAGUGUGGAUUACUACAGUUACGGGUCCUGUGACGGCCCGGGGUUGUGUGGGUACGAUCUCCACGACGACGAGGGCGUGGCUUGGGGCCAGGAAGGAAAGUACUCCACCACGCUCUUCACGCAGAGGGCUCGCAAGAUCCUGGAGAGCCACGACCCCACGGACAGGCCGCUCUUCCUGCUGCUCUCCCUCCAGGCCGUCCACACUCCUCUGCAGACUCCCAAGUCCUACAUCUACCCGUACCGGGACAUGGCCAACGUCGCCAGGCGGAAGUUCGCCGCCAUGGUGUCCACGGUGGACGAGGCGGUCCGGAACGUCACCUACGCUCUGAGGAAGUACGGCUACUACCGGAACAGCGUCAUCAUCUACUCCACCGACAACGGCGCCCAGCCGUUCACGGGAGGGAGCAACUGGCCGCUGCGAGGCCGAAAGGGCACGUACUGGGAAGGCGGGGUCCGCGGGGUGGCGUUCGUUCACAGCCCGCUGCUGAGACGCCGGAGACGGGUCUCAAAAGCCCUGCUGCACAUCACCGACUGGUUCCCCACCCUGGUGGGCCUGGCCGGGGGAAACGCCAGCGAGAGCCACGGUCUGGAUGGGUUCGACGUCUGGCCCGCCAUCAGCGAGGGCAGGGAGUCCCCUCGCCAGGAGAUCCUUCACAACAUCGACCCGCUGCACAAACCUCCCCCUCAAACCAGCCACUGGGGCGCCGGGGCCUCCGGCCCAAAGAAACCAAAGAAGAAGAAGAAGAUCCAGGGGAAGAAAAUAAAGAAGCAGAAACCAAAGCAGAAGUCAGCGUUCAGGGUGAAGACCACCAAGAAACCACCGAGGACGUUUUCCCGUCACGCUGCUGAGCCUAAAACCAAAAUCAAACCCAAACCCAAGACUGAGCCCCUUCCAAAAAACAAACCCAAGACCAGAGUCCAGCCUCAGAACCAGAGACCGCCUCGUCACAAUCCGCGUCCUAAGUUUUACUCCAGCGGCGCUCCGCCGGCGUCGGCAACGUCUCUCCCUCGAACUCAGAUCCAAUCACGCCUCAAGUCAAAGUCCAGGCGAAACACAUCCCGGAUCCAGAACCAGAACCUGACGCGGUCCAGACCGCCUCGAUCCAACCCACAGCUCGAGUUACAUUUAAGGUUCCAGAACACGUCCCUGCCGGCUGUGCAGUCGCCCGAGGCGCCGUGGGACGCGUCGGUCCAGGCUGCCAUCCGAGUGGGAGACUGGAAGCUGCUGACAGGAGACCCGGGUCACGGAGACUGGGUCCCCCCGCAGGUGCUUCCCACGCUCCCCGGCCGCUGGUGGAACCUCGAGCGCGGCGUCUCGCUGUUCCCCCGAACCUCCACGCUCAAAAACGUCUGGCUGUUCAACAUCACGGCCGACCCGUGCGAGCGCCAGGACCUGGCGGACCGGAGGCCGGACGUGGUCCGGCGGCUGAUGGACCGGCUCGCCUCCUACAACCGGACCGCCGUGCCGGUGUACUUCCCGCCGGACGACCCCCGCGCCGACCCCAGCCGGCACGGCGGGGCCUGGUUGCCCUGGGUGGACGACGAGGAGGACGAGGAGGAGGGGAAAUAUCACGGAGUCUACAAGAAAGGCCGGAGCGGCAAGAAGAAGAGGAAGAAGCCGCGCUGCCCGCUGUGCAAGCUGAAGUCCUUCUUUCUGAAGCUGAACACCGGGAUGAUGUCCAACCGGAUCUGAGGCACAGCGUCGCUUCCUUAAGGAAAAACAAAAGGUGCCAAACCUCCGUCUGGACCGUGUUCGCUCGAGUACUGUCGCACGAUGUCCCUCAAUGUCGCACGAUGUCGCACGAUGUCGGGGAGGCAAGAAAAGUCCAGCUGGAUCGGUGAGGACUUCACAUCUGAGGCUGUUGGUUGAACUCAAAUUACAAGAUAUUACAUUUUCUGAAU